AUGGACUCAGAAACCCUGGCACCACCAGGGGGCCCCCUGUCCGAGCUGAUUACCACCUUCAACGAGCUCAACGGCGCCUUCAUCGACGAGCUGGACGAGGAGCCGAGUCCCCUCGAGUUCAUGCGCUAUGUCGCCCGCAACACACCCUUCGUCGUCCGCGGGGCUGCCUCCUCGUGGAGGUCGAACAAGACCUGGGAUAAGGAGUUUCUGCUGGAUGUCUUCAAGGAUCAGACUGUUAAUGUCGCCGUGACGCCGUUUGGCAACGCCGAUGCGCCAACCUUCCAUGACGGAGGAGUAGUCUUCGCAAAGCCUCAUGAGGAACAUCAAGACUUUGAAGAGUUCCUCAACUACGUGAUCGGUCAAGAACGAAGCAAAGACACCACCUCAGAAGUCCGCUACGCCCAGACCCGUAUGUCCUUCUCAACCUUCAUCUCAUCUCAUAACUCUCGCUUCAUAAUUCUCACGACCCUCUCACAAACACGUCACCAACCCUCGGUCUUCACUUACAAAGACUCUCACAUCUCAUUCCAAAAACACUCAUACUCACACCGUUCAACGAACCCUGCACUGACCAACUCAGAAAACGACAACCUCCGCAACGAAUACCUCCCCCUCUUCAAUCACGUCCCCCCCUCGGUCCCCUUCGCCCGUAUCGCCCUCGACCGCGACCCGGACGCCAUAAACCUCUGGAUCGGCAACGCCCGCUCUGUCACAGCCCUCCAUAAGGACAACUACGAAAAUAUCUACGUCCAGGUCCGCGGCCGCAAGCACUUCGUCCUCCUCCCGCCCCUAUGCCACCCCUGCGUCAACGAGCAAAGUCUCACCCCCGCGACGUACCACCGCCACCGUAAAGAGUCCUGCUCUAACGACCUCACUCUGGAGCUUGAUCGCGACGACGACAAUAACGCGAAUGAGGCAAAGAGCAAACUAUCAGAUAAAGUCCCGUUUGCGACCUGGGACCCGGACUUCCCCCAGGUCAACGCCACGCCAUACUCUCACCUCGCAGAACCCGUCAGAGUCACCCUCGAACCUGGCGACAUGCUCUAUCUCCCUGCCAUGUGGUAUCACAAGGUUUCACAGUCUUGCCCAGAAGACGGCGAAGGGUUCGCGUUGGCGGUUAACUACUGGUACGAUAUGGAAUUCAGCGGUCCCUUAUACCCAUUUAGCUCCUUCGUCAGAAACAUCAGCCUACAAAAGUCUUCACCCUCAGCAGCAAGGCAAUAA